GGAGGAGCUGUCAAACAGAAACCAGCGUCAGAAACACGCACACCCCGGGGACGAGAGGGCAGCGAACACCGGACUUUACUCCUCCGGGGACACGAGGGGGACUCGAACAACACACAACCCCCGAACUUCACCCCCGAGGAUCCGGGCUCUUCCUCACCAAUGUGGACUUUUGUCUUUUUUCCCCCAAAACCGUCGCGACGACUGAAAACUUCUCGCGACCUUCUGUGGACGUUAGCCCGAGUCGUGUGUUGACAAACUAGCAAAACAGCUUUAGCCACCGAGCUAACUGCGUGACUAAAGUUUGUUGUUGUUGUUUUUGUUGUUUGUUUUUGUUGUUGCCGUGUUAGCGUUCUGCUUCUCGGGUCGUUGUUUUGUUCCGUGGAGGCGAAGCCAUGGAGCUCCACUGCUCUUACGAACAUCUCCCGGGAACCACACCAGGUCUCCAAGGACUUUCUAUACAUCUGUCAAAAAUGUGAAGUCCCUCUCAUCCCAGUGGACUCUUCAGUUACAAGCAGUGAGGAACUGGACCAGUAGGAAUCAUCUUGGACCCAGCCCGAGUUUGUCACCGGGGGGGUGCCCUAAAACAAAAUCCCAAGCCGAAGUCUAUGUGUGUGACAUAUUUCCGCCCAGGACAGAAACUGAGUAGAUCCUGUGCUGCCGUGGAAUCCUCGGCACCAUUAAAGCAACCCAGUCCUCUUGUCAUGUGGGUACAUUACAGAGGAAGGCUCAUAUUACCCUCACUGGUAUCACCAUCCGUUACAUCACCAUGGACCGGAAUAAACGCAAUUCCAUCGCUGGGUUCCCAACACGACCUGAACGCCUCACCGAGGACAGGGACAGUAUCGGAGGGGCAGGGGUCUGUGAGAUGGGCAUGGGCCCGCCUCCACAGGUGGGCAGGGUGUGGCCAUCGUCCUACAGGGCUCUGAUCAGCGCCUUCUCCUGUCUCACACGCCUUGAUGACUUCACCUGUGAGUGGAUUGGCUCUGGAUUCUUCUCUGAUGUCUUCAAGGUACGUCAUCGAGCCUCAGACCAAGUCAUGGCUCUGAAGAUGAACAAGAUCAGCAGCAACAGAGCGAACAUGUUGAGAGAAGUUCAGCUAAUGAACCGACUUUCACAUCCAAACAUACUCAGGUUCAAGGGAGUGUGUGUCCAUGAGGGCCAGCUUCACGCUCUGACGGAGUACAUCAAUGGUGGAAACCUGGAGCAGCUGCUCGAGAGCAACACGCACCUGAGUUGGCCGACCCGGGUGAAGCUGGCCAGUGAUAUCGCCAGCGGUCUGUCCUACCUGCACUUCAAAGGCAUAUUCCACCGGGACCUCACCUCCAAGAACUGCCUGAUCAAAUGUGAUGACAGCAGCUACACAGCAGUGGUUGGAGACUUUGGCCUGGCGGAAAAGAUCCCCACUACUCUGGCUGAAGUAGAGAAGCUCUCUGUUGUCGGCUCUCCUUUCUGGAUGGCUCCCGAGGUGUUGAGAGAUGAACCCUACAAUGAGAAGGCCGAUGUUUUCUCCUAUGGAAUCGUCCUGUGUGAGAUCAUUGCAAGGAUCCAGGCCGACCCUGACUUCCUGCCCCGCACAGAGAACUUUGGCCUGGACUACCACACGUUCCAGCACAUGGUCGGAGACUGUCCGCCUGAUUUCCUCCAGCUGGCAUUCAACUGCUGCAAUAUGGACCCUAAACUCCGCCCCUGCUUCCCCGACAACGUCAGGCACCUGGAGGAGAUUGUUGCUCGCCUCAAAGUCGAAGAGAUGGAGCACGAGUGUGUCUCGCUCAGCGGAGACAACGACAAGAAGACUAUUCCUAAAGGCGAGAAAAUCCAGGGCUUCAAGCGACUGAACCCUCUCGGUUUCCAGGACGACAAAAUCCCGCAGAAGUCGCCCCGUCCUCGGCGAAACAUCUGGCUCAGCCGCAGCCAAUCGGACAUCUUCUCCUGCAAAGCAGUGAGAAAGGUCAACGUGCAGGACCCUUACUACAACCCCCCCAUCACGCAGCGCGCCUCCAAGGCCCGCAAGAUCAACCCGUUCACCGCCCGAGAGGACCUGUGCGGGGGCAAGAUCAAGUUUUACGACGUGCCCAGCAAGUCGGUGUUCUCGCUGGUGUUUGACCUCCACUCGCCUCCGGGGAGCGCGUUCAGCAACCCGCAGCAGGACGGGUCCUACUACUGGCUGCAGCUGCCAGGGAGACAGUGUCACUCCUUACCGGUGUCGCCCCAGCUGCCGCGCUCCGAGGUCUUCCAGGUCGGCGCCGCUGUUUGCUCCAAUAACAACGGUUCCCUCACCUGUAACUCCGGUCUGAUGUCCACGACGCUGCCAGCGACUAACUCCAGGUCUGAUGCCGGCCUGACUGGAAACGACGUCCGGCAGAAAGCGUUGGUGUUUGGCUGGGCGAAGAAAUACGUGGUGGUCGAGAUCCCGCCUUACUGCGGGCAGAAAGGAGGAGGAGGGGCGGAGGAGGAGGACGGAGAGGUAGAGGGAAAGACGGAGGGACACAGGGAGGACACGUCCGGGGAGAGCUGGUCUCCCAUGGUCCCCAGCAGUGAGAGGGACGCCGGAGAGGCAAUGGACUGCUCCUGCAGCGUGGAGGACGAGGAUGAACGAGGAAGAGGGACAGACGCCGGCUUAAUGUAACAGACUUAAACCCACCCCCUCACAUGGACGAACGUGGCGGGGAGGAGGAUGUGGUAGCUUUGGACGAGAGCUCGGGGACUCUGACUCGUGACUGUGAGGAAGUGGACGAGCAUUGAGACGGACAGACCGGACACAAGUUAACGGAAAAAUACAACGUCAGAGAGAAAAGCAAAAGCACUUGAUUUUAUCUCUCAAGUGAAUUUAUCCAAGCACAUCUGAUUUAGAUCAAUAUUUGUCAAAGCUGUUAUCACACGGGUUGGACAGAACAAUGUGUGACCGUCUCCAGUUGGCACAGAAAAAGCUUCUAUCGACACCGUGGACGCUCGGAAUAGAGAUUAUUUUUUUUAAAGGUUGUUUAUAUUUACUAUUGUGAGACGAUGUCGAUUUUUCUCUCUCCUUAAAAGUUUAUUAUAUUUGGCGUCUUGUCUGUGACGAGGGAACCGGAUCCCUCGUGUUGAGUAUGUGUGAGUUUUUAAAAACCUUCCACAUGUUCUUUCAUUCAAAACAUUCUGUCUAAAAAUGUCAAAUGAUUUAUAAAUAAUCUUUGUUAUUCUACGUAUUCAAAGGAAACUCUGCCCAGCAACAGGGAGGGAAAUGGUUUCAGGAUUUCACGCAGUCGAUUCACAUUUAGUCUAAUUCUCCUCGAGGUCGAGCUGGAUUCAUUCGAUACGUUCAACACAACCAGUGGUUUCAAUGUCUUUUAACAGCUUGGUAUCUAUGUGAAGUCGUGGUUGUCAGUUUGUGAGGUUCAGGAGACGUCAAACACCCGUUAGUCGUGUUUUCAAGACACGAUAUCCAGAAAUAUUAAAAGAGCAUCACAUUUAAUGAUGCUGCUCUGAAGCCAAAUCACCGAUCUAAUGUCUGAGUUUACUUGAAUGCACCGCGAGUUUUCAAAACAGUUCCCUCUUUUGUAAUUUAAUGAAUUUUAUAAAUUAUAACUUUUCACCAAAACAACUUUAAGACUGUUAAAACGUUUGAAAUGCAGGAAUCUUCUUAUUACAAAUUAAGUUUGAUUCAUAAACAAUAAAAUGAACCGUCACUCAUUUCAACAGAAUCAGGGAUUUAACCACCGCAGCCUUACUCAGACUGGUUUGACCAUGAUGUAAUGGUUACCCUUGACAAUGUGGUUGUUAAAACCAGUCGCCUCAGAAAACUGUCAGAAAUGAAAAGUCAAAAUGUGCCUCUGUGCUGUAAUUCCCUGUUGUGGCCACAGAGGGUCGUUGUUCUGCAAAAAUCACUUUAAAGUAAAAAGUUGAAUUUAUAGAAACAAGGCUCUAAGGUGGGAAAUCAAUCUCCUGUCAGACUUAUAGAUCAAGAUGAACAUGAAGGCAGAAAUAUAAAUUAUAUUAUAUUAUAUUAACUACAUACACAAAAGCUCUAAAAACUGCCAAUGUCCUAAAACAGUGGAUAAAUUAGUGAUUAAUUCCAUCAUGUCUUUCACAUAUUCAAGCAUCUGAAAAAUGUUUCCUCCAUCACACAUUAUAAGUAGCUAAUUUAUUUUAUUCUAAGUUCAAGUUUUCCCUUAAAAUUCAGUGAAUAUUUUACUUUAAGCCGAGUCUGAUACUGUGAAACUGGUCCCACGACAUUUUCUACAAGAUGCUUUGAUGUCAUCUUCCUGUUUGAGGGUUUAAAACGUUAUUUAACUUUAACAGAUAUUAAAAAAUCUCCUUGGGGAAGGUUCAUUUAACAUGAGAACUGUUGAUCUGAAUGUUUUCAGUGACUGUAAUGAAAUGAGUUUUGACUUGUGAAACACGACUUCCUGUUGAUCUGCUCCAGCUCUUGUCAAUGAUCCUCUCUAGUUACAUUCUGAUCUAGGAACUAAAAACACACUUGUACCGUGAUGAUCUCCACUUAAUGACCUUUCACUACUUUUCUAUGCAACAGAUCAUUUAUCUCAGUGUUUUAAAGGAUUAAAAAAAAGAUCUAAUUUGAUAUUUAUGAGAAGGAAAACAACUUUUUAACGUCUUACCUUUGUAUAUUUGUGUAAAAAGUUUGUGUCGCCUGCCGCGACGAAUACAGAUCCAGAUGUUAUUUUGCUGAUCGAGUAACAAAGCUUCUCUGAGUCUUA